AUGUUUUUAAAUAGAAAGCAAUCAUCAUCAUCUUCGACGCAACAACAACGAGCAGAACAUCAGCAACAACAGGAAAAUGAUGGUCGGGAUGGUGCUGAACAAAAGGAAGAGGAAGUAGAUUAUGGAUCAUUAAUUAUGGAUGAGUUUGGUAAUUUGGUGGAUGCUAAUGGUAAAAUUAUACAAUCUAAAAGGACUGUCAGCAGUGCAAAGAUUAAUCAAAAUAGAAAACAAAAGAAGGAAAAUAUUUUGAAAAUUGAAAAGCCACCAAAUAUUAAGAAAUUAGAUUUUUAUGAUUCUACUUUAAGUGUUCCAAAGGCUGAAAGAAAGAAAAGAAAUAGAGGAUUAGCUUUCCAUGAACAAGGCGAAUUUAUUGAGAAAGCCAAAAUGAUGAGAGAAUUGGAAGAGGAAGAAAGACAAAGAGCACUUUUGAAAGAACAAUUGGAAAAAGAACGAAAGGAACAAGAAAAAAUUGAAAAAGAAAAGGAAAGACUUCGAUUAAUUCAAGAAGAAUUAGAAAUUGGAGAAUUACACAUGAUGCUAGGUUGUAGAAGAAUUGAGGAUUUUGAAUCAACUAUUCCAGAUGCUUUCUGGUGGGAUAAAAAGAUUCUUAAGAGUUGUAAAAAAGCAGAUGAAAAUGUUAAUAACCAUGUAGAUAUUUAUCAGAGAGAUUUUGAUGCAGAAAAUGAAGUGUAUUCUAUCAAGGAGAAAUUAGUGAAACAUGAUUUUGUGGAACACCCAAUCAUUGUUGAUCCACUCAAGAAGAAGGUUGAUGCUGGUCCAUUACCUCUCAUGUUAACAAAGAAAGAACAAAAGAAGAUGAGAACACAACAAAGAAUUCAACGUGAAAAGGAAAAUCAAAGAAAGAUUGCUCUUGGAUUGACACCUCCUCCACCACCAAAGGCCAAUAUGGGAAAUUACAUGAAAGCUCUAUUGGCUUCUGGUCAGGAUGCAACUGAAUUGGAAAUGAAAAUUAAGAAGGAAAUUGAGGAAAGAAUGCAAGCUCACGAAGAAAGAAAUAACAAUGAAAAGUUAACCAAGGAGCAACGGAAAGAAAAGAAAAUUAGAAAGAUUACUGAAGAUGCCGAAUCAGAACUCAUUACAAUUCUCUAUUCUAUACCAAAUAUUGCUCAUCCUCAAACCAGAUUCAAGAUUAAUACUGCCAAAGAAAAGGGUAUAACAGGAGCUGUCCUAUCAUAUCCAUCCCAAACAAGAGACAAAGAUAGAAUUUUACUUAUUGCUGAAGGAGGUAAAAAGUUUUUAAAGAAAUACGACGAUGUAAUAUUAAAUAAGAUUGACUGGUCAAAAGUUGAAGGUGUACAAUCAGAAAAUACCAUUCCAACACAAUCAGACAACCAACCUAGUGCCAGAAUGUUAUGGAAAGGAACUGUUUUAAAAAGAAAUUUCCAAUACUUUAAAUUCCAAAAGUUUGAGGAUGAGGAAUCCAUCAAAAAUUAUCUGAAUGACCAUGGAUGUAUCCAUUAUUUCGAUGUUUUUGCCAAUGAUAAGAAUAGUAAUACAGUUUAA